AGUGUGGCAGGGUCAUGAAGAGGAGGCGGUGGCGGGAGAGCGGAGGAGGUGGAGGGGGCGCAAAGCUGCGGUAGCCGGCGCUGGGCUGGUGGUUGGGGCCGUGUGGGAGGGCGAGAGUUCCAGCUCUCGGGCAGCGGCCGGGACUCUGGGCUGAGCGCGGCCGUGGAGCCGCCGCUCUCGGCCCCCUGGCUCCGCCAUGUUCCGCAGGGCACGCCUUAGCGUGAAGCCGAAUGUCAGGCCUGGUGUAGGCACCAGGGGCUCCGCCGCUCCUAAUCCCCAGCGUGGACCAGAGGCUCCGAGGCCUCCCGAGCCUGCCCCCGAGUCUGCUCCGAAGCCAGCGGAGCCCACAGAUGUGCCUGCGGUGGAUUCCGGGGAAGCGGAACUCCAGGAACAGGCUCCCGGGAGCAGUGAUGAGAAGACUGGUGAUGAGACUAAUGCUGCAGGGUCCAGCACGCCGUCCUGUGCUGCCUCACAGAGAAGAAAGCGAGUGCCAAGCACGACUAGUCCUGUCCAGCCUCCUGGCAGUGCCCCCUCACAGAGUCGCCCCUCAUCUACAGUUAAUCACGAUGCGCCGCAGCCAAACCCUAGUCCAGCAAAAGAGAAACAGCCAUGUUCAGACAGAUACCAAAUAUAUAAAGCCCGCAAACUGAGAGAGAUGUUGAAAGAGGAACUGAGAAAGGAGAAGAAACAAUGGAAAAACAAAUUUGCUACAAAUGAAAGCCAUAGACCACCAGAUCGUUCAAAAAUGACUAUGAGAGACUUCAUUUACUACCUUCCAGAUAACAAUCCAAUGACUUCUUCAGUGGAACAAGAAAAGAAAACUGAGAAACCCUUGGCUCCCACCCCAACGAGAGAUAGGCAAGAAAAUCAGAGCACUCAAGAUGCUAAUGAUAAUGAAGAAGUGGAAGAGGAGGUGGAUGAUGGGCCACUUCUGGUUCCUCGAGUGAAAGUGGCAGAAGAUGGUUCUAUUAUUUUAGAUGAAGAAAGUUUAACUGUGGAAGUUUUGAGAACAAAAGGGCCCCGUGUUGUUGAGGAGAAUGACCCUAUAUUUGAGCGGGGCUCCACAACUACCUACUCCAGCUUUAGGAAAAACUACUAUUCAAAACCAUGGUCCAAUAAAGAAACAGAUAUGUUUUUUUUAGCUAUCAGCAUGGUAGGAACUGACUUUUCUAUGAUUGGACAACUUUUUCCUCACAGAGCAAGGAUAGAAAUAAAGAAUAAAUUUAAACGUGAAGAAAAAACAAAUGGAUGGAGAAUAGACAAAGCAUUCCAGGAAAAACGCCCUUUUGACUUCGAUUUUUUUGCUCAUUUGCUUCAGAAAGUUCUUGCUGAAGAAGAAAAAAGAAAACAAAAAUCUACUAAAUUUCAGAAUUCAAAGGAAAAGGCCUCCAAACCCCGGAAAAACGUAAAAGCAAAAACAGUAACCAGUGAAGCAGUGAAUGCCGACCCAGAUGCGUCUGUAAAUAGUAACAUUUCAGAUCCAGAAGGGUCUCAAAAGGAUGCUCAGACAGUUGAUGAAGAGGAAUCACCGAGCUCAUCAGGACAGCACUUAGAACAAGCUGUGUUAGAGCAAGACCAAAAUCAAGAGAAAAAGAGGAGGAGGACCCAUGGUGAAGCCGGGCAACAGGAAGCAACAUGCCUUUUAGAGAGGGUUCUCGUUCAUCCGAGCCCCCCUGAGGCGGGAACACACGAGGAUACAUGUCCUUUUGAGGAAAAUGAAAGUAAUUGCAAUAAAGAACAGAUAGCUUCCUUUACACAGAACAUAGAUGACAUUUCAGGUUUAGCAUCUAGUGAAGAGAUGGAGAUGAGGAUGGACCCCAUCCCUUCCACAAGUCAUCAACAAGACAUCAUGCCACUAGCAAGUGAGUCCUCAGAGUCGUGUGCUGUGGAGUUAUCUGUGUCGGAGCCUGGACGUGCUGCCUCUGCUGACACUGCUACUCCUGAGAGCUCCUGUUCAGAAGGAAGGAGUGUUGGCCUGAACACUGAAUCACCAGAGACUGAACAGAUAGAAAAUGUCAAACCAAAAUCAAGAAGUCGACUCCUAAGACCUAAGCCUAAUUUGUCAAGGGCAGUUGGGAAGAAAUCAGCUCUUUCACAAGACAGACAAGAUGAAAGGAACAAGAACUCACCUUCAGAAACUGCAGCUGAGCAGAAUCACAUGGGAAAGGAGAGAGUGAAUGAAUCUGAAAAUUUUGUAGCAGAGAAUACAGACAGAGAGAGCCCAGGUGCCGAAACUGUGUCUGAUUUGAGUGAGAAAUCUUGUGUACAAGAGGAUAGUCAGGCGAAGGUCUUAAGACCUACACGGCUAAUGAGGAGUCGGAUGCAGAGACCAAAGCCAAAUAUAGUGAAGGCUGCAGCCAGAAAAGAAAUUCUCCCCUCCCAGGACAAAGGUGGGAGCCAUGGAGAGAAAGGCGAUGAUGGAUCCUGUGUUGUGGUUCCUCCACAAGUGGAAAAUGAGUCACAUAAAAACUUACAAUAUGAAGAUACUGUGUCACAGCCUGACAAAAAGGACCCUUUUGAAAAUAAGCAGUCUGAUCAGCUCAAGGUUCUUAAUGAGUGUCCAAGUAUUCAAGAAGGUAAUAAAGGAAAUAAACUAAAACAAACCCCAGUUCUAAGAACAAGAUUUCAGAAACCAAAACCAAAUACAGGAAGAAGAAGAAGAAGAAGAUCCUCUAAAGAAGGGAUACCAGAGGAGACGCCUGUUUCUGGAGAAAUAACAGCAUCUUGGGAGGAAAUUCCAGGGCCAGACGUUUCCCCGAGGGAGGAGGUACUGAAUGUACCUCUUGCCCCCCUGACUGCUACUGCUUCCACCACGGGCUUGGAGUCAGAUGGGAAAGACAGCGGCAGAAAUGACAGAGUUUCUAAUGUGCAGGUGUCAGAAAUGAUGGAUGUCACUAUGGAAGUGCAGACAGGUUUGGAAACAGUUGGAAGAGAUACUUGCCCAGGGGAGAUGGGAGCAGAAAUGAUUGACAUCCCUAUGGAAACAGAGGCAGGAUUGAAAGCAUCUUUAGAUGAGACUUCUCCUAUGGAGAAGGUGCCAGAGCUGAUUGAUACCACUGGGGAAAUUUGCACAAAUUUGGGAGAAACUGGAAGAAAAGAAAUAUUUUUAUGGGAAAAUGGCCCCAAGGAGGUCAGUCCAGUUAGUGAACCAGAGACAGGUUUGCAAGAAACUGGAAAAGAGUUGGCCAUGAAAGAGAGUACACCAGAUAUGAUGAGUAGCACUGAAGAAAGGGAAACAUACUCAGAGGAAACUGAAAGACAAGAAAUACCUGCACCAAUAAAGGAUGCAGAGGGGGCCAAAGCCAGGGGUGAAAUGGAAACACCCCUGGGAGAGACUGAAGGAGGAACUUCCCAGAGAGAAGAGGCAGCAGGCGCUCCUGUGGAGCGGUUGGCUAGCGAGGAGAAUCCAUGUGGCCGCGCACACAGUGAGGAGGUGGAAGUGGAGUCAGGCACUGGAGAAGGAAGGGAGCUUAACCUGAAGGAAACUGGAGAAGGAGACAACUCCUGGAUGACUGUGGUCUCAGGAGAGAAGACUACCAUUGAGGAAACUAACGGAGAUUCGAAAGAAACAGAAAGAGAGAGUUCUGUCUCUUGGGAAAGAGGAUCUGAAGAAAUCCACGUGGGGGAGGCAGUGGUGGCAGACUUAGGGAAGCCAGAAGAAAUAGAUGUUUCUCCACGAGACCAUGAACCAGAGAAACAUUCCUCAGGGCAGCCUGAGGCAGAUGUAAUACCGAGUGGUAGAGACGGCAGCCCUGGCUCUCCGCAGGACAGAGAAACUAUUAGUAAAAUAUCAGUGAUGCCUACACUUUUGGAAGAAAAAGAAACUAGUGAUAAGGACGUAUCCAGCCACUUAUUGGAGUCUUCUUCACAGAAUUCUGGAUCCCGUGAAACAGACCAAGGGAUGCAGCUUCCAGAUUCUCUAGAGCAGUUUUCAGAUAUUAACUUAAGCAAACCUCUUCCUCAAGAACAGAAGUCACUUCAAGUUAAACCAACUCCUUUUCUGAGAAGUCGAUUCAAAAAACCAAAACCAAACUUGUCUAGAGCAGCUUUAAAGAGAGCAACCAUAGAAGCAGAACACUGUGUACCUGGGAAGAAAUCAGAGGCAUACAAAAUGGAGACCGUCGUGUUACAGCAGGACGGUGACCAGGCUGCUUCUCUCUCUUGUGAGCAUAAUGUACCUUCCCUAAUGGCAUCAGGAGAAAAUGAUAAACCAGGUCAAGACAAGGAGGAGGCUGUGAUACUACCAUGUACACAGGCUGAAAAGGAUCCUUCACCACCAAAUGCAUGGGAACCUAAAGAGGAUUUUCAGCUAACCCAAACCCAGGAACAUGGCUCAGUUGUUCCUAUUGGGACUCAGAUGAUGAAUAUGGUCACACAAGAAACAAAGCAAAAUGUUGUCCAAACUACUCUCCCAGUGAGGGGUCGGCUUCAGAGACCAAGACCAAAUGUGCAAAGGGCCAGACAGAGGCAAAUAGUAGGAAAAGGCGAAGCAGGAGGCAUAGCUAAGAACGAAGGACCAGAGCUGCAAAACGACGAUGAGACCAAAGCAUGCCUGACUGUGGCAAACUCUUCUCAAAUUGAAAAUGAAGUUGCAAUUGACGUGUCUUCCAGAGAUUCAGAGUGCAGAGUGAAUGAGAGUCAGGGCCCCGUGGCUCCUGUAGAAAACUUGAGUAUUAACAAAACCAGUGUUGUACAGGAACAGAUAAGGCAUGAAAAUAAACGGAAUGUUCCUAGUCCAGCACUGCUGAUAAGAAGGCGGUUCCAAAAGGCUAAGCCAAAUUUAGGAGGAGCACGCCAUAAGGGUGAGCAACCAGGUGGAGAAAAAGGCCAGACAGACGAGAGUGCAGCACUAACACCAGACGAUCGCCUGCCGCAGAAAGGGGUUGGUGACACCCAGCUUUCUCUACAAGCAACGGAAAAGACAGAGAUGCCUUUGGAGGUUUCAGUGAGAAAAGAGUGUGUACAUUCUGAAGAGUGGAGUUCUGAUAGAGAUGAUGCUCAGCCAAAAGCCGGCCCGCCAGGGGGUACCGGGGGUGAAAUGGGGGAGGGGCAACCUGCGUCCUCCUCAGGGCUUGAAGAGCAGAGUCUCAGGAAACAAGUUAGCCGUCCACAACUGUUGAAAGAAUCGAGCUCUCCCAAGACUGUACCGCAUCAAAGAACAGCUCCUUCUUCCUCUGAGUGUGAGAUAGAUCACAGUGGGAAAAGAACACAUAGGAAGAUGAAACCAAAUGUGACCAAAGGGCGUGGAUCAAAACGAAUUCGAGGUAAGACUGCUAAGAAGGAACCUAGAGCUUCCAAGUCCAUGUUGGUGACUCUUCGGGCUUCUCAGAAAGAGGAUGAAGAUGAUGCUGAGGAUUUUGAUUCUGACUAUGAGGAAGAAACCUAUCAUCUUGCCCCAGAAGAAUUAAACAAAGCACCAGUGUUUGUACCUGUUGGUCUCAGAUCCCCUGAACCAGUUUCUGCUCAGAUCGAGGAAACAAUGGAAGAGCUUGAGAUAACCAUGGACGUGCCAGACAUGGGAUGUGUAACUGUUGUCGAGCAUCAGCUUUCACACACGGACGCAGCAACUCAGGGUGUGCAGCCAGAGAAGGCGGUGGACCCAUCACCAUUUGAAAUGGUCAUAGAUGAACAGACCCAAGAAGAACCAGGUCCCAGUGAUGGAAGCACUGAAGCGGCCAUAACUUUACUUACAAUGGGAGAUAUAGUAUUGCAGUCAGAGAUCAUUCCUGGACAGGGUGAUGUAGGAGUUUGUGUAUUUCCUGAUGUUCAUUCAAAGGAUAAAAGUCAUGUUCCUUUUAGCCCAGAUAACGUAAAUCAAAAAAUUGUUCAUGACUAUCAGGAGGUUUGUUCACCUGUCAUUAGUAUGUCACAUGCAUCAUUUGAAGAAAACAAGAUUGUAUCCAAGGAACAAAGCAAUCAAGAAGCUGCUGUGAUGGAAGAAGCAAUGGAGGAGACUCUGCCAACCAGGAGUACAGCUUCUACAAUGAGCACACAUUUGAGAACAGAGAGUAUGGUUGCUACACCCAAACCGAAUUCUGAGAAGAUUUUAGAGAUCAGUGAGCUUGGUGGUCCUCAGGAAGCUGCUAGUCUUUGCAUAAUUAAAGGGACAGAAGUGGAAAUUCAACGAGAAACUGAGGGAAAUGAUUCCAAAGCAGUAGAAUUAGAAGAUGAAAGCCUUGAGCCAGUUACCACAGCAGAGACUAAAGAGCAGAGGCCGCUGCUAUGUGUGCGCGAUGGUGAAGGGGCCGGUGUCUCUCAGGAAGCAGUCCUCCCCGAGAGAAUUGAAGAUCACGAGGAGAACUUGCAAGAGCUGCUGUUGGGUGCUGUGGUUGCUUCAUCUGAGACAGGGAGGCAGACACUUGAUUUAGGUCUUGGUGAGCGUGCUGCUGAAGAAGCCCUCGAAGAGAGCCCUAAAGGCAGCGGCGUGGCCCUGCUUCAUGCGCCAGAGAGUGUACCAUCUAAUAUUCCAGAGGCCCAACAAGAAAAUACCAUUCCUCAAGAUGUUACAGUGAAUCUAUUUGCUAAUGGACAGCAAGAUGGAGAAGAUGAACAAGCGUUCAUUUUAACUUUGGUGGAGAUCCCCGCCAGUGCAACACAAGAAUUUGCUGACGCUUCCAUGCAGUUAACACCGAGCUCUCUGCUGCCGGCUCCUAUAUUGGUCAGAUCUGGGAGGACAUCAGGAAGAGGUGACCUGAGUGGGAGUUUACAAGCCUCUUCAGUUGUUCAAGAUGCUACGUGCUUAUCUCCUAGAAAUAGCGAUUCUGAAAAACCUCCUAUUAAUUUGGAUCUUAAGUCUAGGAAGAGAUUUUGUUGCAGUCCUGAUGAAAGUAUUCAUGUUCCUCCUGCCAAAAAAUCCUCAAUUGCUCCAGGAAUUGAUUAUCAAGAAUGUACCUCUGAGGUAUGUUCAGAGGAAUUAAAUGUUUUUGAGAAAACAGUGGAGUCUUGCAUGGGACAAGACAUUUUCCCUACCUCAGAGAGCACACAUGCAACCUCAGAACCUCAAAAGGAACACAAUGAACCAACUUUUCAGAAUACAGGAUCAUCUGGAUCACUUGAUGAAAUAAAAGAUUCAUGUGUAGAAAACACCAUGACUCAAUUGCCUCAGAGUGAUAAAAUAUCUGAAAAAGAAGAGAAAACUGAACCUGCUUCCAGUUCUCAACAGCGGGACAGUGGGACAUCAUCUUCCAAACCUCCUCUGACCAGACCUGGUAGAAGGCCUUUGGGAUUUUUAUCAUUAAUAUGUCCAAAAAAUAGUUUGGAAUCCGAUGAAGUGACUCAAACCCAUAAUAAGAAGCGCCUAAAGCCACAAAUACCUGUAUCACGACGAAAUUUGAGAAAACCUAAUCCACUUAAUGCAAGCCAGAAAAAAAAUCAAGAAUCUUCCGAUCCACUCCCAUCACCAAGUGUUACUGAUACUCCAUGUGAGAAUACUGGAAAUUCUGAAAGUUCGGCAGCUCAGGUUUCUUCUGAUCAGCCAUUGCUAGAAGAAAAGUCUAAAAAUGGGCCAAAAGGAGCAUCUGAGGAAGAGGUGACCCCUGUCUCAGAGUUCGUCUUCAGUGACAUCUUCAUAGAAGUGGAUGAGACAGAAUAAAGCACUCUUCUGGGUUUUCCCCUUAUUUUUACUUUCUAUUUUUAUAAUGAGUUUGAAAUUUCCAGCAACCUUGACUGUAACAAAGCAGUGUUUAGAAAAGUACCACUGCCUGUUCUUAUUUAGGUCAAUUUUGAAUAUUUAUUGAGCUUCAUUUGAAGCUUUUAUAAUCAGUGGGGAACAUUUCGUUCUGAUUGACCCUUCAUUUUGGAAUACCAAGAGAUUAAGACUGACAGGCAUUGUAACUUGUUUACAUUUGAUGCACUCUGUACUGAGCACACCUGGUCUUGAGAACUGUGUGCAUACGCAUCUGUAUAAAUCAUAGUGCUGACAUACUGGGAGCUUGAUUGUACUUAACAUUUAGUCACCUUCUUUAUAAAGGUGGCUGUGUUUUGUUUCUGUGUUUUGUUUUGUUUUGUUUGGGUUUUUUUUUUUUUUCCUUGAGGGUGAUCAGUUGCCUGUAAGUAUAUGAAAGCAAAUUGUGAAACUCCACUUUGGUAUGGUAAAGUUAAAACUUUUCUAUUAUCAUCUAUUUGACUGAAAAAAAAAAGUGUAUUUUUCUAAUUCAUGGUGAUGUAACAUUAGUCCUGAUUGAAGAUCUAGUAUUUAAACUUGCUAUUUAUAAAGAUGGCACAUCAAAGAGAUUAUUUAUUUUUAAAUUUUUUAUUUAAAGUAUAUCUCAAUUUAAUUAUUUUCACUUAUCAAAUUUGGGUAAAGAAAGCAUUAACAAAUAAUUUGUCUCCUUUUCCUCUUUACUUUAAAAGCUAUUUUAAAAUGUCAUUAAAAAUGUUUAGGUAGUGUCAAUAUUUUGAAUACUUUUCUCAUACUUUAGUAUAUUGAAUUUGUACUGUGAAUAUUUUUGCUUUUCUUAUUCUAAUCUCAGGAUUUUCAUUGGAAGAAAAAAAUUAACAUAAAGGACAAAUUGUCUUAAAUAAUUGAAUCUUUUCUCCCCCCAUCCCUUAGAAAAAAGGUUUAGUGAUAGCUGUUUUUCCCUACUAAAUUCUGUUCACAGGACAUGUGGGCCUUCUACCACUUGACAUUAACAUUAGAACUCGAUUCUAAUGUUAAAGCAGAAAGUAAGACAGGAAGACUUAGCAAAGCCAGUGUGUCCUCAUUAUGAACUUGGGUAGUUUUAGUUUUGAGUCUUCUGAUUUAUGUGUCUGUUUCCGGUAACAAUUUUUCCUCUGGUUGAAAUUAAACUCUUCAAAGAGCAAAUGUAUUCAAUAUUGCUAUAAAACCUCAUAGAUAGAUACAAUUGGUACAUUAGCUCCAUAAUUAGAAGUUUUUCCAUAAAACAUUCGUUUUGAACAGUAGCCCUAGUGGUCCUGAUGGCAACUGCUUGGUGGAUACCGAGUGGAGGAGUGAGGUUAACCGGACUUUAGCUUAGACCUCGCACAUUAGGCCGUAGUUUUUCUCCCCUCCCUACCCCCUCCGGGCUUCAGGUGUUCAAGGCUGGCCUUGCACUCUAUAGGUGAGGGUGUUUCUUAACUUGUAAUCCUCCACUCUGGGGUGUAGGGAUGAACCACCACGCCUGCUUUUAUGCUCUGCUGGGAGUAGAAGCCACAGUUUCCCACUGCUAGGUCAGCACUGCUAGCCCCAGACUACAGCGGAUGAGAAUGUGAGGGCUGGUGUCUGUCUGCAGACCUGUUUGCAGAAUGUGCCUGAGAUUCACACACUGUGUGCAGUGUAUUAUGAAAUGAGCAAUACUUCAGCUGGAAACUAUCUUUACAUCUAGGUAAUUUUCAUUUUUCAUAUGGAUAAAAUGGUGCCUACUUUUCACAUUUCUAAGCAAAAGAGGGCAGAACUCAAUGAGUCUAGAGUGCUGAUUCACUGAACUUGCUGUGAGCAUGUUUCUUGUUCUGUGGCUUAGAGUAAAAGGUAUAGUGUAAUGUCUGGUAUAAAGGAAGGUCUUUAAGUUAGAUGGAAAUUCUCAAAAGUAUGCAUCUAUUUCAUGUGAUUAAUGUCACAAAAUCAUGGAAGUAAUUCACAUUGCUAUUUCAAUGCCUUUUUGUUAGUUUUAAAAAUGUCAUAUUCUGUAAAGUUUUUUUUUAAGUGUUAUUUGGGUUAGAUCACCGAGACUAAACUAUUAUUUAUCCCUGUAUAAUAUUUAUUUUUUUAACCUCUGUCUCAUUCAUCUGUAAUAAGCUGAUUUUAUGGAAGAUGUAAUUUAUUGUAUAAAGACUACAGGGGCGUUUGUUGUAUAGAGAAUCAAGUCAGUCAACAAACUGUCCGGCUGUCACGGCCUCAAACCGGUGUUGGAAAGAGAAACACAAUCAGUGUGCUUAGCUUUAAUGCGGGAAGAUUUGUGAUGGUGGUGGAAGGACGUUGCAAGGAAUCUGUUGUAGAAAUCUUCAAGGAGCCGCACGGAAGGGUUCACCUUCUCUGGCCCGUUCUCCUCUGACCGCUUACAUCUUAACUGGCGGCCCAGGCAUGGUUCAGAAGUCUGAUUGUUGGUAAACAGUUAAGACAAGACCUAGAUGCAAUAUUAAUACCCAGUGUUUACCACCAUAUUAUUUAAAUGCAAGUGACCAUGUAUAAUAUCUUGCUUGAAGAAUUUUUGACAAAGAAGCAAUAUCUUGUCAUUUGUAAAUUUUUCUUGUUCUAAAGAAAGCAGUUAUGUUCUGUAGAUAAAAAUUAUGUAAAUAAAAGUUAUUUUAUACCA